GCAAAACACGCACGUACGUCCAACAGACGCGCUGCUGCCCUUCUUUCUGUCUUUGUUUUUAUUUUUCACCGCGGAGAAUUGACUUCCUCCUUGUGCAGCAUCCACCCUGCCCUCCCCUUGAAUGUGGUUCUAACAAGGUUUGUGUCUUUACCGAAGUAACAGAGGUGUGUGCUGGGUGUCCAAGACAAGCCAGGAAUCCUCCCAGACAGUAGGGAGAAGGGCCACAUAUGCAGGAGCCAAUAUUGGAUGGCAAGAUGCCAAAACAGGAGCAGAAUUCCAAGCCUUUGGAUGAGCAGAAAGAGAAUGAUGACACACCUGAGAAGACAUCCCCAAACAAAAACCUCAAAUCACCACAGAAAGGCUCCAAAAGACAUAAAACAACACAGUUUAAAGUAACACUGCUGGAUUUGUCGGAUUACAAAGGAGAAAUUGAGAAACACUCAAAAGGACAGACGGUCAUAGACAUGGUGUGUGAGCACCUCAACUUGCUGGAAAAGGACUAUUUUGGCUUAACCUUUGCAGACACAGACACCCAAAAGAACUGGGUGGACCCCUCCAAGGAGAUGAAGAAACAGAUCCGCAACAGUCCAUGGCACUUUACCUUCGCUGUCAAGUUCUACCCACCAGACCCCUCCCAGCUCACUGAGGAUAUUACCAGAUACUACCUGUGUCUGCAGCUGAGGGAUGACAUGUUGUCAGGUCGACUGCCUUGCUCGUUUGUAACUCAUGCCCUCCUGGGCUCCUAUAUGGUCCAGGCUGAGCUCGGCGACUAUGAUCAUGAUGACCACACACUGGACUACGUCAGUGAUUUCCAUUUUGCUCCCAAUCAGACUCGUGAGUUGGAGGAGAGAGUCAUGGAGCUCCAUCAAAACCACAAGGGUAUGACUCCAGCGGAGGCUGAAAUUAACUUUUUGGAGAAUGCUAAGAAAUUGUCCAUGUAUGGGGUGGACCUGCACCAUGCUAAGGAUUCAGAAGGGAUUGACAUAAUGCUGGGUGUCUGUGCCAAUGGCCUGCUGGUAUAUCGUGAUCGGUUGAGGAUCAACCGUUUUGCUUGGCCCAAGAUCCUUAAGAUCUCCUAUAAAAGGAGCAACUUUUAUAUUAAGAUAAGACCAGGAGAGUAUGAGCAAUUUGAAAGCACUAUUGGUUUUAAGCUACCUAACCACAGGGCUGCCAAAAGGCUGUGGAAAGUCUGCAUUGAGCAUCACACCUUCUUUCGGUUGGUUUCUCCAGAGCCUCCUCCCAAGGGCUUCUUGGUGAUGGGCUCAAAAUUUCGAUACAGCGGAAGAACGCAGGCUCAAACCAGACAGGCCAGCGCCCUCAUAGACCGACCCGCUCCUCACUUUGAGCGGUCCACUAGCAAGAGGCAUCUGCUCUCCAGAAGUUUAGAUGGCGAAUUUUCCCGGCCAGUUUCAGCCAUCUGUGAGAAUCACGACGGCCUCUUCGACCACAGCAUCAGCGGACGACGUCGUCUUCAGAGCCCCUCUGCGGAUGAGCAAGAAACCGAGCUGGAGCCCAGUUUGGAACAAGACGAGGACGAUAUGGACCAGGACGAGCGCCAAGAGAUGGAAAGAGACAGCGGCCAGGACGGAAAUGUCACUCCAAGCAAAAAGACAGAAAUCAUGGAGGAGGCUGGGUCACCAGUUGACGGUAAAAAGGAGUUUCUGAAUAAGUCACAGGACGUCUUGCUGAAGCACCAGGCCAGUAUCAAUGAGCUAAAAAGAGCCCUGAGGGAACCCAACAGCAAGCUGAUGAGCCGUGAGAGACUACUGUCAUCCUCAUCGCCACCCGGCACGACAGAGAAAAAGCCUCUGUGUGACCGAGUGGUCGGAAAAGACCCCAUUAAUAGCCCGUCUGUUGAGGGGUUCAUCCUGAAGAAUGUCACGACUUCACCUGAGGAACCUACCUCUUCUCUCUUUGUUUAUGAUGACCCAUUUAUUGAUGCCAAGAAGGAGCUCAGUGACAAGAGGCCCCAGACGAUUGUAGUCCCAGAGGAGGAACAGGAGCAGGACACUGUGGCCUGCAUGAGAGAGGCCAGUCUAGGCAUUGAGCGCAAGUGCUCCAGUAUGACGAUCAGCUCCACCUCCAGCCUAGAAGCUGAGGUCGACUUCACUGUCAUAACUGACCUCCAUCCCUGCAUGGAGGACAUGACUAAAGGCGUGUCCUAUUCGGGAGAGGAGCAACAGCCCGAGGUGGGACGGGAGGACUUUGAGGAAACAUCUAGGUUCUACUCUGCACGUCUAAUGGGCCAAAUGGACAAAUCUCCCAUAGAGGAGAAAUUUCCCGAAGAGGGACUGUGUCAUGAGCCUCCUGUGGCAAGAAGAGAGCCCAGUGCUGUGACUAUGGCCCAGAUGCUGAAGAGGGCUGAUUCCAAGACAGAGUCUCACUCAAAUGGGUCAGAGGAUCAGGCGACUGUCACACCUGUCUCACCACAGAGACUCUCCUUCACCCGAGAUACUCCUUUUAGCCUUAAAGAAAAUGGAUCACCGGUAAAAGCCUGCCCUAAAGGUAAAGAUUCUAUUAUGUCCCCACUGAGCAUCACUGCAGAAAGUGUCACCACUGCAACCACAACACAAGUUACCAAGACGGUCAAAGGAAGCUACUCAGAGACCAGAAUUGAGAAAAGGAUUAUCAUCACAGGAGAUGAUGAUGUAGAUCAAGAUCAGGCUCUUGCCAUGGCAAUCCAAGAGGCCCAGCAGCAACACCCUGACAUGCUUGUGACCAAAGCGGUGGUGAUAAAGGAAACAGAUUCUCCCACUGAGGACCAAAAACAGAAGUUACAGUCCUGAUUGCUUAUGGUGGCUCCUGGGGUGGUGGAAGACAUGAGAGGAUUCGCCCCUGGUGCAGCAUGUCAUGAACUUGAUAAAAGGACAACUGUAUUUAGUCCUCCUGAGUAGACACUUGACAGCAGACUGUGAUCCACGAAGCAGUAGACCACAACCUCCCUUGUCCUUUAAGACAAAUCAACUGUGACCCUGCCUCUGACCUGAUCCAGACUCCUGUCACAGGGACCCCAGCCCGAAUUAGUCAGGAUGGAUCGCCUGCUUGAGAGAUUAUUGGGUCACAGAUUUCUUGUUUUGAUUUGGUGUUAUUGAUUUAUAUUUUACUGCUUACAACCCUGCCACAUUACCAUUUAUUUACAAAUAAUUUCCUUCGAUGUUACAGACAUAUUUCUUGUACCAUUAUCAUUGAGUAACAAAUGGUUCUGAAGAAAGAAGGGGCACAAUCCUGGUGGUGCAGGUUCCACUAUGGCACCACCUACGAGUUACAGCACCUUCAACUAUCUUACCACCCUUUUACAUAUUUGUCUAUAGAGAAUCAAAUUUAUGCCCAGUGUCUGCUUGAUGAGUAAAUAUGUAUAUUAUGAGAUUAUUAUAACCUGCAUGAUUCAAAGCAGAGGGAA